AUGGCAACUAUCCUCCAGCAAAUGCAGGCCGCUCCUCGGAAUCCCCCCUUGACCCUUACGAGCAACCACUCUGCGUCCUCCACGUUUAUCGCCUCUGUCGCUGCCACUGGCACCGUCGCCCCCAAGGGCCCUGACGCCUCCGAGUCAGGAGAUGCUCCGGCCCAAGGGGCCUACACCGAGCGCUCGCUCGAGAGCCGAAUGUAA